UUAAAUUCCAAAUUUAUAGAAUUUCACAUUAAAUUUAACCAGUGAAAAUGAAGUAAUGUUAACAUUUUGACCACAAUUUCCCCUCAAUAUUUUGUACUGAAAAUUGUCUAUUUGAAUUUAAUUAAAUUUGAUUUGAAAAAAAAAUCUUUAUAUACCGAUAACCUAAAAUAAUUAUCUACCUUUUGAUCGUCACCACUGAUCAUUAAUUAAUAUGGAUGAUGAUGGGGAAACAACUGAGGAGGACUCGCCAAGCAAUAAACAGGAGAUGAAACUAGAGGUCAAAUCAGAUAUUAAUUCGAACAUUAAAUCAGUCAUUAAAUUAGAUAUCAAUUCAGAUAAUAAUUUCGAAAUUAUACCACAAGAGCAACAAGUUAAAUUGACAUCAUCAAAUUCAAGUGUCAAAACAAAUGAAAAUUUUAUUGAAUCUCAUGAAAUGGGAGAUAAUUUGAUAGUGGAGAAAAAUAUUGAUUCGUUAAUAAAAAAAGACGUGUCAAAAAUUGAGAAACACGAAACAACAAUGAGGCAUGACGUGGGGAAAAUGAAUUUUCCACCACGAAGCUCAUGUAAACCUUAUUCCCGCGAUCCUCGACGAUGUCAGAAGCAUUUUCGCGAGAUGAUCGAUUUGCACGAGAUGAAGAAUGAGGAAUUAGAGAAGAGAGAAGGAAAUCUUCGACAACGUCUUGAGAUGCUCGAGUGUUCAAUGCCUGCAGUGGUGGCUUGCAAUAUUUGGCGAAUGGCUCAGGGUACUUCAGCUCAAAACAUGAGACAAGUUGUGGAAAAGCAAUUUGAGAAUUUCGCUUCGGAUACCCCAUGUCCAAGCACUCCCAGUCAACAUUAUGACUGUCGAGUUCGUCAAGUCGAAGCCGAGAGAAAACAAGCUCGACGCAGAGCUGAUGAAGCUCGUGCUCUCUGGUCCGAAAAAGAAUUUGCUUUAGGCGAACAAAAACGAAAGCUCGAGGAAGCCAAGAAAACUCAAACCCAACACAAAGAACGAAUCGAGAAACUUAAAGCAGAGGUGCAAGAAUUAAGGAAACUCAAGGAAGAAGAAAAAGAAGCAAAUGGGGAUUCAUGUGAAAUGGGCGAAUGUGGAGAAAUAAAAUGCAAACAAUGGCUUGGCGAUGUUGCAAGCACAACUAUGGUAAAAUCAACUGACUUGAAGUGUUUGGCGAGACUUCAAGACCUCGCAGAGGCUGAACUUUGCAUGAAGCGAAAUAUCUUUGAAUUAGAACGACGAGAGGAAACAUAUAUGAGGACACUGCAACAGGCAGACGAACUAUGGUCAAAGAUGGAGACUGAUGGAGCAAGUACGACAAGUGCUUUACAAGAGCAACUCGAACUCAAGGCAUUGGCUAAUCAGCAAUUAGCCGAUAAAGUUUGUUCCCUAGAGGACACUAUUGAGAGUCUCAAUAAAAAAUUAGCAAACUGUAAAAACGAAUUAAAAUUACACCAAGUUGAUCGUAUCGAUAAAAUUGUGGGUGAUGACACUAAUGCUAAAGUUUCGGAUAAAGAUUCAAUGGCAAAGACAACGACAAUGGAGAAAUGUACAUCGUUUAAAAAAAUGGAACUCGCGACUAAAGAUCAAAACACUCUAAAAACAUGUAUGUCAUCAAAAAUAAGUGGAAUAUCCUGUCGAGACGAAAUGUUACACAAAUGUUUAUCAACAAAAAAUAUUAAUAGUAAAGAUCAAAUGACAAUGGAAAAAUGUGUAUCAGCAAAAAAAGUAAAUAAAGAUCAAAUGACGAUAGAAAAAUGUACAUCAUCAAAACGAAUAGGAACACCCAGUAAAGAUAAAAUGGACAGAUGUUUAUCAGCGAAGAAAAUACCAGUCGCGAGUAAAGACCAAAUGACCAUUGAAAAAUGUACAGCAUCAAAAGAAAUUACCUGUAAAGGCGAAACAUUAGACAGAAGUGUGUCAGCAAAACAAGUUAAUAUAGCAAGUAAGCAUCAAAUGACUGAUGGAGAAAAUGAUGAUUACCUAUCUUGCGAUGGUUCAGAAAAUGAUUCUGAUUCAGAUGGUGAAACAUGUGCUGCUAAUUUUGCAUGCAAUGAUAUUGAAGAUGAUGAGAUUCAAUCAACUUAUGAAGAGAUAAUUGAAGAUGAUAAUUUAGGUAAAAAUUCGCCACUUGACGCUAAAGAAUCUCAUUUACAAUUGUCUAAAUCUGUGCACAAAAACGCUAAAUUACAGGAAGAUACAGAAUUCAAAGAAAGUGAACCAGUAGAAGUAAAUCAAAAAAAGGAAGAACCUAAUAAAAAGUACCAAACAAAUAUUGAAUCCAUUGAUCAAAAGAUUCCAAACAUUGAAAAUCUUCAAGAAUCAGAACCAACAAAAACUGAUGAAACCGAUGACAUUGCUGUACCAAAAACUGAACUAAAAUCAUGGCUGGAAAGUACAACUAACCUUGAAAAAACAAUAGCUAAUUCUUCUAAAUUUUUUCAAAAUACUAAUGAUAUAAAGAAACUAUCAAAUUCAUUUAGAAUUUAUCUACAGAUGCCAUUGGAAGAAAUAACAGAAUAUGAAAAAAUAAUAACACCGGAAAUACUUUCAGAGACAGUAAUUAAACAAUCUGAGUUAACUGAAGAACUUGAAAUGUUUAAAUCUAGUAAGGAAUUCGGACAAUAUCACGAGGUACUAGAAUCAAAAGAAAAAAUUUAUGAACCUGAUGAGAAAAAACAAUCUAGUGAAGAAAUUAAAGAACCUGAUGAAAAAGUAAAAGAAACUAUAGAAAACACUGAACCUGAUGAAAAAGUAACAGAAACUAUAGAAAACACUGAACCUAGUGUGAAAUUAGACGAAUCUUUAGAAAAUACUCCUGAUGAGGAUAUAAAUCAACCUUUAGCGAAAAUAAAAUCUGACGAGAGUUUAGAAUAUUUAGAAGAGAAAAUUGAAUCUCAUACUGAGAAGGAAGAUGAAAAUGACAAACAGUUAGUUGCAGAUGUUGAAAAAGAGGAAAAAAUUAAUGAAUCAUUUUCUAAAGAAGCAAAAGUAAUAGAUGAAAAAAUAGAAGAUAAAGAAGAAAUAAAUGAUCAGAAAGAAGAAAUAAAUAAUAUAAGUGAAGAUAAACAAGUUUUAUCAGAGAGUAUAGAAAAUGAAGAUAAAUUGUCAAAUGCAGGUGAUAAUGAUGAGUUUGCUGAAAAACCAAUAAUCUCAAAAGAAGAAAAAGAAGAAGAAGAUGAUGAAGUCGAGAAAGAUUCGGAAAUAGCGAUUUUUAGAGAGAAAUCACAAAUCAUGACUGAAUCCAGUCCAUCGAUACCUGAAGAAGCAAAAGUGGUAAUUGUCCAAGUUACAGUAACGCCACCCCCAGACGAGGUUAUAAAAAAUCCAGAAAACUCAGAUUUAAAUGAAGAAAUUCCUCAACUAUCUCAAAAAAUAGAAUCAAAAGAAAGUCUUGAAAAACUUGCUAAAAGUGACUCGGAUUGCAUAUGCAAACCUGAGAAAAAUCUAAAACAAACAAAAUCGGAAUCGAUAGAACAAAAAAUAUCAUUGUCAGAAAAAGCAGAUGAUAGUCAAGAGUCAAUUUGCACUUUUAGAAACGAGAUUUCGAAGAAAAAAUCAAAAUUCCGUCCCAAACGUAUUUAUUACAUCAUAAGAGGAACAUUUUGCAAACGAUUUGAACAAGUCUCAUUGACCUCUCAAGAAGAAAGUUCCGAAGAAAUUGAAAGAAGAAGAAAAUUGUCUCACAUUAAAGUAAAAGAUGAAUCAAUAGGGACCGUUGUAAGUGUUGGACAGCAAACAGAAAAGAAAAUCAGAAAACAACCAACUCCCAUGAGAAAAAUGAAAAAGAUACAAGCUGAAGGGUCAGAUUAUAUUUCCGUCUCCUCAGUAAACUUAAAUAAUGAAUCAAACGAUUCAAAGGAUGAAACAAAAAGAAAUUUAAAAUCAACUGAAUCUGAAUUCACAUGUGACAUAUGUAAAAAAUUCGUUUCACCAAAUGCAGUCGACAAUGGGAGUCACGUUCAAGCUACAUUAACACAGAAACUAAUAGGUUUCCAAUCAGAAAUCAAUACUUGUUGUAGUUGCAAGCGGCAGCAAAAUUCUAAUUUGAAAUUUCAAACAGAGGAAACAAUUGAGACACACGAAGUGGGAAAACAAUUUUCCCGUGGCAAGGCCUCCGCUAAACCAAUUUCACGAGAAACUGUUGAGGACGUGACGAUUAAUUCGCACGUAGGAGUUAAUAAAAAAUUUUACACACCACAGAAAAAUAGUGAAGCGAGCUAUCUUGCAAAAUUAAUUAAGAAUAAAAACGACUGUAGAGAUAAAAAACAUAAGAUAGAAGUGAAGUCUCGAGCAAAAAAUACAGAAAGUUCCCUAGAACCUCAAGUUGAAUUUAAUAAUAAUAAUAAUAAUAAUUCAAGUUUCUCCAAUAUUGAUUCUGAUUGUAUAUGUGAAAAAAAUAGUUCACUGAGUGGCAAGAAGUUAACAGAACGAGAAAAGCAAUUUAAAAUGGAGAAAAACCACAGCUGUCACUGUGACGAUUCAGAUUAAGCGCACAAUGAAUAAGACAACUGAAGGUGAAUAAAGACACAAAUUACAGUUGGGAGUUGAAUUUAUCAAGUCUCUAUACAUCAGUUACAGUAACUAAUCAAACACAAAUUAAAUUAAAUAGUAAUUCGAAAAAACUAUACUAAUUUUUAGUCAUUUUAGUAUGAAAAAUAUUACUAAAAUAAUAUACUAAAAAUUAGUGAACGAAUAGAGAAUUUCAAUCUCUAGAGAGUAAAUAAUAGUUCGAAACAUAAGGUUUUAUAAUUAAAAAAUAGCAUCAAUUUGUAGUUGAAAAAUAAUUAUUGACUAUUAUCAAAUAAAUAUUUAC